AUGGAUGCGGUCGCUUACAACAUCGACGAUCUUCCAGAGGCGAUCCUUGAACACAUCCUAUCUUUUGUUCCACUGAAGGAUGCUGUCGGAACGUGCAUACUGUCGAAAAAGUGGCGAUAUCUUUGGACAUCCCGUCGUAAUCUUGCACUUUUGGAGUGGCCCUUUUCGAGGAGGGAGCAUUUUACCAACUUCGUGGAUAGAAUAAUUAUUCUCCGAGGUUCUGCUCGCAUAGGACGGUUGAUCCUCAGUUGUGACGUUUUGGGCGAUGCAUCCCGUGUAAAUUCAUGGGUAUCUGCUUCUGUAAAGUGCAAAGUCGAAGAGUGCUUUGUCGACCUUUCGGAUAUCCAAGGAGAUUUCGUCUUGCCGAAUUGCUUGUUCACUUGCGCAACACUGACCCACAUGGCAUUAUCCAUCCCAUGGGCGUUGACUCUACCAUCUCGAAUUCGCCUUCCAAAUCUUAAAGUCUUGCAUCUCGUGAGCACCACAUUUGUAGAGGAGCGCUCGACUGAGCUGCUGUUAUCAAGCCCGGUGCUUGAGGAGUUGAACAUAGAGGAAUGUGCUUGGGAUAAUCUCAAGACACUGACCAUUCGUGCUCCUAUGCUGAAGUUCUUGACCAUACGCGAAGAGGAUUUCGAUUAUUCAUCGAUUGACCCAUAUAGCUACCGAGUUUCUAUAUAUGGAAAUAAUCUUGAAAGCAUACAUUGCAUGAGUCCAUUCUUGAAUGAUUAUCGGGUCGAAAACACAGGCUCAUUGCUGAAGGUGCACAUCAGUGUCACCGACUGUUUACCAAGUAGGUUCAAACAACUUGCCAACCGUCUAUGUAAGCUUCUCAAAGCGAUGUGUUCUGUCAAAAAAUUGAAACUGUCGAGCACGACUGUCAACGUUCUAAGUAGUGCAGACGGGCUAUACUGGCAUCUGCCUGUCUUUCCUAAUCUAAAGUCGUUAGAAGUCGGGUGCUUAGACUUAAAGCGUCGAGUGCUUUUCAAGUUGCUGCACAAUUCCCCGCAUCUCGAAAAGCUUGAAUUUGGCGAGGGUAUCAAGCUACCCCAGAAUAAUGAAGAAGAUGAUUCGAUAUUGGAUCCCGCACCGCAAUGUUUCGCCUCGCACCUUAGGAAGAUUAAAUUAUUUGAUUUGUGCCUGUGCGAGAAGUAA